GGCCUAUAGUACUCCAAAUUUUCCACCACAGGUUCAAGGUCUGCUAUUACUCUACUGCCUUGCCUUGAUCCCUGGCCAAAAGUUUCAUACCAUAUUUGCAUUAUUAAAAGAAUUUGUGGCUAACUGUGUUGCCAUACACGAAAUACAGGUAAGUUAAUUGCACAGGUAAGUAACACUGGAAAGAAUGUUUGGUUUUGUCUAAACAUUUACAUGUUUUUUGAAGCACUCAUGUCAAAUUUGUGUUUGUUUUUUUUUUUGUUUGUUUGUUUGGUUUUUUUUCCUUCUUUUUUCCAUUCCCAUACAAGUCAUCGGAUUGUCAGGCAAGUGUUUUUGGAGUAAUUUUGUAAUUUGUUUUUAUUUAUUUAUUUAUUUUUAUUUUUUAAAUCUUAACAUGUGAUUUUCAGUGAUUUUAAAUUUUACCUGUUUUGAGACAAGGUUGAGAGAUAUCCUAUUUGCUUUUAAAACAGAGCAGCUCACACUGAUCUGGGAAACAGCAAAUUUACACAAUUUUCCAUUUUCGACAAAUGUACAGUAUUUUUUUUGUUGUUGUUUGGCUUUGCACUGCGACGCUGAAGCCAUGGAAGUCUGGUCCAAAAUCUUUUCCAUACAGUAGAUAUGCUAUCUAGCCAAAAGUAUAUGCACACCUGACAUUGAACAUCCCAUUCCAAAACUACGGCUCCACUAGCAUUAGUGUAGUUGGGCACAGUUCAUCCCAAAGGUGUCCCGUGGUUGAGGUGCAGGCCUCUCGAGUUCUUCGACUACAGCCUUGACACACCAUGUCUUUCAGGACCUCGACAGUGCACAGGGGCAUUGUCAUGCUGGAACAUGUUUGAGCCCCUUAGUUCCAGUGAAUAAAAUCUUAAUGCUACAGCAUACGAAGACAUUCUAGACAAUUGAGUGCUUCCAACUUUAUGGCAACAGUUUGGGGAAGAACCACAUAUGGGUGUGAUGGUCAGGUGUCUACAUACUUUUUCUCUUUUGGCCAUAUAUCCACACACUGUAAUUAUAUGCCUCACACUGCAUCCAAUGUAAGUAGUGAUUUUGGUGUAGGUUUAUGCCAAAGCCACACCCUGAAACAAGCAAUCUGCCUAGGUUAGAAUCCCUGUCAGUCAUAUGUUCUGUCAGUAUGAAAGUUCACCCUCUUACAACAGGAUUCUGGUAAGUAGAGAAUUGCAACCAGUUGCUCUCAUUAGUCGGAUGUUGGUAAUCCACAUAUUUGUAUUUUGGUUACCGAACUGGGCCCUGCCAGCACAACUAUAUAGUUUACAACUUUGCCAAAUAUUACAAUUCUCCACUUAUAUAUCAUGUAAAUAAAGCAAAGGGAAGGAGUUGCUGAUGUGAUUUAGGACAUAGUACUGCAGUCUAUAAAAAAAAAUUAACAAAGCUUGAACAUGAAAUAUUAGCGGAAUAUUAAUGCUCACGCUGCUUCUCAGUGCUUGGCCACAUAAAAAUUGCAAUUAUGCAUCGCAGAUGAACCACAAACAUCGUCGUGUUUGGAAUCAAACAAUAAAUGCCCUCCCCAGACUGCUUUCAACAAUGCCGUUUCAUAACUAAAUGUCAACAGUGAUUGGCUUAUGUUGAAUUCUUUACAGUAAACUCAAAUAAAAUCCAAGUCGUAUUACAAACAUUAAUAAGUGUGCCAUAAUAAAAUGAAUAAUCAUUGCUUCUUUUUAAAGUUUAGAAACUACAAAGCCAUGCAUAAACUACAGUUUAGGCAGAAAAUAUGUUUAACUUAAGCUACAAAAUUAUCGGUGCCAUUGGUAAAUGUGGGUAAAACGUUUAUGAAACAAUGUCUUUGGUUAUUUCGAUAUAUCUCACACUAAAGAGAAAUCUAACAUUUAACUGAAGUAUAUUUAUUCAAAGGAUGUGAAAAAAAAAUCCUCAACUUUUUUUUAAAUAAAAAAAACAUAAUUAUUGGCAUUCUUGCUUUUAAUACUUUGAGUCUUCACAUAUAGUGCUUAAUGAGAUUGGAGGUUACAGAGCAAGGAAUCUGUCCAAAUACUCCAUGGUCUUAUGUUCUUGCUUGUGGACUCUUUUCCUCAGCCCACAGCCUUUCAAUGGAGUGCAGUUCAGGAAACUGGGAUGGUCAUGUCAUAAGAUUGAUUCUGUGGUCAUUCACUCCUUUUUGUGUGGAUUUGGACAUAUGUUUUAGAUCAUUGUCCUGCUGAUAGAUGCAACCAUGGCCCAUUUGCCAAAUUUUCAUUUAAAAUAUACUUUGGGGAAUUUCAUGAUACUGUGUACCCUAACAUGGUUCCCAGGGCCCAGGACCCUGCUUAACAGUGGGGAUUAGUUUGUUUUCUGUAUAAACAUCCUUUUUUUUUUUUUUUUUUUUUUUUUUUUCCCCCCCCCACUCCAAAUCCAUGUUGAGAAUUGACAGAAAACUAUUUUUGUUUCAUCAGACCAUAGAACCCAGUUCCAGUAGUGUCUACUGAACUCCAGGUACUUAUAUUUGUUGUUAGAUGAAUGAAAAGGCUAUAAUCUGCUAUGCCUUCCAAAUAGUUUGUUGUCAUGGCGGUAGUGUCUAAUUGGAGAUUUGGUGACCCCAAAAUGCUGCCAUCUUCUGCAAAUUUCCAGCCAUGAUGCCUCUAUAACUAUAACCAUCCUCCUCACCGUGUGUGAGGGGUUAAAUACAGUUGUAUCCAUUUCCAGGCAAGAGCAUUAUAGCUCUAGAUGUUUUAAGGUUCUUACAUAAGCUUGAUCGUGAAUAUGGGUAUUUUUGGGCAUAUGUAGCUAUUUUUAUAGCCAUUGUCUGAUUUAUGAAUGUCUACACACUUUUUUUCCUAAUUUAUUUUUUGUAUUCUCAAAUCCUCCCCAUGUUGUUGAAUGAUUUUGGCCUCUGUGUUCUCUUGUAUAUUUAUAUCCUGGUGACUGCUGAAGAGUUCCUAAACUUUCAGGUGAAUCUAAAUUAAAAUAUAAACUUGAAUAACCCUCUGGUUUUUUUUUUUUGUUCAUAAGAAUUUUUAGGAAUGCCAGUUAUUGUGAGACAUGGGCUUUUGUUUGAGUUCAACAUGCAGUUUGAUACUGCAUCAACCAAUCCCUGUCGACAUUCAUUGAUGAAACAUGCAGUCAUUCAUAGAAAUGGGGUCAACCCCACCCUUCCACAACCUAGGAAUUCCUUAGUAGUUUCUCUUGGUAGUUUCUUGAACAGGCUUUAAGGUGACCACUUAGGGUUACUUUCUAUGGGAAAAUACUUUAAUUGUAAAAUAAGAAAAUAAAUUAAUGGUACAAUAGUGAAUAUAGAUGAUGCCACUAUUUUUAAAUUUUUGAUUUUGUAGCUUGUAGAAUGUUUGAAGCCUGUCAAAGACGUUUUAUACAUGUAUGGUUUUUUUGGGGGGUAAAAUAGAUUAUCAUUACUUGACAGUUGUGUUUGCCUCAUCACUUGAGUAUAAAAUUGAUGUGUAAUAUUUGGAGUAGAUGGAAAAUUGUGUAAAUUACAUUUAUUAUUUUAAGAAUACCAACUGAUUCAAUGCAUCAGUUGCCUCAUAAAAACAUUGUUCUACUAAUUAAUCUAAAUUGUAACAUAAAACAACUGUACACUGGCAUGUACUGGCCAAACCAGACUACCAGGUUUCUAUAAACACAAUGGCUCUGCAUCCCAAAUUUGUCUGUUGUUUACCAAUGCCUUGAAGAGCUCUCUUUGAUUAGUAGCUAUCUUAGUCUUUUAUAGCCACAUUUUCUAAACACUUGUGUACCAGAAUUAUAAAGUCAGAUUGUCAUCCAGCUAUAGAUGUAGUAUGAAUGUUUUGACAAUAAAUUGCUGUUCUGUGCUUAUAUUUAGAGAUUGCAAGAUUUAUUGUCCCUACUUCAGAAAUCAGGGAAGGUGCACUUGAAAUUAAGGCAUUUUCUCCACUUUCAAAGGGAUGUUUCUAAAUAGGAGCUUGGAUGCAUAUGACUCACUUUCAAUCUAAAUUGCAAAAUUUAACCAAGAACAAUAUUUGAAAAUUUGUGAAUUCAACUGAACAAUCAUUUCUUUUUGUUCUUAGUUAACCAACAUGUCUUCAACAAACAUGUCUCCUGUAAAUUUACAGGGUGUGUCUGUUCAUGUAUGGAACAUGUGAAUAAAGACAGCUCUAUUAUUAUGUGCUGGAUGUCUUCUGUAUUUUUACAAAAAAAGAUUAUUAGACGAGUAAUUCUUGUUUGUGCUUGAGUUCAAUAGCUUUUAUGCCAUUCUUUUACGUAAGUUAUGACUCCUACUGUAGGCCUGUGUGUGGUUCUAUCAUCGUAAACCAUUGUAUCCUGAUAACCAGUUCUUGUGCCUCCAGAAAAAGGUUGGAUGUUUGGGAGAAGUGUUUCAGUCAAGGCUAGAUCAUCUUUACACCUUAUGUGCAUCAGUACUUAGUUCCCAUUUUGGGAGUUUGUGCUACUUCAUGGUGAAUCCCGUUAAUAAUGUCAUUUGGGGCAGUUGUAGCAGGACAGAUUUGAAGGUGGCAAAAUAGUUUCCAUUGUCUUUCAGUGUGAAAAAAUGUUACACAGGUUCAUUUGUUACUCAAUGUAAAAUAUAACAUAUAAGCACUCUCAAACGCUUUCAAUCAGUUAAGUACCUUCAGAAAGUUAUAGUUGUAAAUUAUACUAGUAAAUUCACUUAGUAGAAUAAGUACCAAGGUAGCAUACCUGCUCAGGGAAGUCUAGUUUUUCCUGAGAAUGUUAAGAAGGCUAUGACUUCUUUUGGUCACUUUAAUUAAAUGGCUUUUAUCCAAAUAAUGUCAGCUUCAAUCCAACUGCAUUUUUUUUUUUUUUUUUUUUUAACUGAAUGUUCUGAAUCUACAUUUUAGAACAGCGUAUCUUCAACGUUCAAUGGGUGGGAACUUUAUAAAUGAAAUACUACAUAGCUCCAAUAAAUUAAACUGUUGAUCCACAUUUGCCUAGUAUGUCUAAUAUUUGAAUAGUUGGACUGUGCUCAUACAAUACUUUUUAUUGAGCAUAAUGGAGUUAGUGGAUUAAUAAAGCAAUAACAAAAAACACUGGAAAAGUUGACGUGUCACAGCACCAGUUGUUCCUUGUUCGAUCCUGAGCUUGGGUUACUGUCAGUUUCCCAAGAUCUCUUCAUGGGUUUCCUCCAGUGGCUCUGGUUCCCUCUCGCCUACCAAAAAGGUUGAUUGACUAUUCUAAAUUGGCACCUGGUGUGAUUGUGUGUGCAUGGUGAACAGUUGUGGGCUGGUGUCCCAUCCAGUGUGUAUUACCAUGCUGCUACUGAUGAUAAAUGGAAGGGGUUGCUUCUGCAAAAAAGUUUGAAAAGCACCAGCCUAACUUAUGGAGUUCUUUGAGUAUCCAAUCCUGGCCCAUAAGAAUCCCCUGUCCUGCACAUUUGGUGUUAUCCCUGCGCUCCCAAUACACCUGAUUCAACUAAUUAGCUAAAUAACAGCCAAAGUGGGUUUGCUCGAGCAGGGAAUAUGUUAAGAUGUGUAGGACAGGACCAGGGUUAGGCAAACGUGAAUAAAUAUCAGUGGUUGAGAUCUAGUAUAAGGUGUACUUGUCAUAGUGAAGGAAAAAAGGGGAGGGUGGACUGCACAGAAAUCCAUACAACGUCUUUGUGUUUUAUUGAAAAACGUUCAUGACCCCCCACCCCCUACACUAAGUGCCCUCCUGUGGCGAAAGGACGCAUUGCAAGUAAUUAACCGGAAGCCAUUUAGCGGAAGUUCCUGCAUGGCUUAAAAGAGAAUCGGCAUUAUUAAAGUCCUGAAUACUAACAGAUUUACAUAAAGCAUGCAGUCCACUAUGAGUGCAGUUCCUCUCAACUCUGGAACACAGAUUCCUCUCUUGGGUCUGAGCACGUACAAGCUGCGCACUUAUGGAGAGCUGUACAUGUCCCUCAGUGCUGCUCUUGAUGCAGGCUAUCGUGCUUUUGAUACGGCUGCAGCGUACGGCAACGAAGGUCAACUAGGGCAAGUCAUCAGGGAGCUCCUGCCCAAGCAUGGCCUUGUGCGUUCAGACGUGUUCCUCAUCAGCAAGCUGGGACCAUAAGACCAUGGUCCCAGAGCCAAAGAGGGAUGCUUGAGGAGUCUGAAACAGCUGGGUUGUGAAUACAUAGACCUGUAUCUGGUGCACUGGCCUGGGAUUGGGGGUUUAGAACCAACAGAUCCCCUACAUGCCAAGUAUCGCUCGCAGAGCUGGGCUGUACUGGAGGAACUUUAUGAUAGUGGGAAGUUUAAGGCCAUAGGGGUCUCGAAUUACACUGAGAGGCAUCUUUUAGAGUUGUUUAAAAGCUGCCGUGUGCCUCCAGCAGUGCUGCAGAUGGAGUGUCACCCGAAACUUAUUCAAAUACAACUCAGGGACAUGUGCAAAAAGGCAGGUGUUCACUUCCAAGCGUACUCAUCUCUUGGAAAGGGUGCACUCCUGGAGGAUCUGGAGGUGAAGGACGUGGCUGAGAGCUGUGGACGAACUCCAGCUCAGGUGUUACUCCGGUGGGCCGUUCAGCAGGGCAUUUCUGUUUUGCCUCGCUCAUCGCAGCCACAAAGCGUUCAAGAAAACAUCAGAAUCUUUGACUUUGAGCUGAGCGAAAAAGAAAUGCAGAGACUUGAUGCCCUAAACUGUGAAACUAGGUAUUGUACGAGAGAUUCAACCUCCAUACAAUAAUAAAGUUGUUAUAAAAUAAUUCUAUAACUGAGUAAUGAUUCAGGGCUUAAAUAUGCCUGAUAUGCCUCUUUAACAUUUAAGCCCAGGUUAAAAGUGCCCUCUGUAUUAAGUUGCCUAUGGUCACUUGUAUUACUUUUGUAACAUGCCCCUGGUCUUUGGAAAGAUGGUGUAUUUUAAUAAAAUUAUUUUUGUGUGACUGUG